AUGGUAGCAUUAAAUAACUUGUUUGGCAUGAGUAAGCUAUAUGUCAAACAUUCGAAGAGGAUCUUGCUAGUGUGCUUGAUGCUCGCUAGUAUCCAAGUAUUCUAUUUGGUGCAUAGAAAUAAAUGGUCCCUGAAUCUGAUUUCCUUAAAAAAAGAAGGAUACAGAUUAAUUAAAUAUUUUGAAGACUCGGAGUCGGGAUUCAUGGUGGUUGAGAAGUCAUACAACAUCAAUAAGAAUGAGGCCGACCGAGCUAAAAACCAAGAUGAGGACAUCGAUAAUAAUAAGUAUAAUAUAGAGACGAUCGAAGGAUACAAAUACGAAAAUCAACAGGUAAUAGACCGGAAACAACAGGUAUUACAAGAAAACUCUUCUGUGGAGGAAAAGAUGGAAUUUGAAACAAGGUUUGUAGAGAGACUAGUUUCGUUUUUCAGUGAUUUAUUUGUGCUAAUCGAAUCGUGUGGACCAGAUAUUGACAAGGUGAACGACGACGACCACUACAAGGCAUCAAAGGAAGCAGACAAGUUCCCCAACAGGGAUGGACGUGUUCCUACAUAUGGUGGCCAUUUACGGGAGAAUUACCUUGAGGAGCCUAUUAGGACUAAGGAAAUGCUCGAAAGCUACCUUCAGUUGUCCAAAGAAGAAAUAUUUGCGUUGACAAAGUCUCAAUCGAAAUUUGUGGAAAACAUGCCCUCUGAAUACCCACUGGAGAUGGUAGAGCUAAGUAAAUAUAAUCGAUUCUUGAAGGGCGAUGGGAUUGUGUAUCUUGGGGGUGGAAAGUAUAAUCAGCUUGUGAUGCUCUCUUUGAAGUUGUUGAGGUCGCACGGAUCGCAAUUACCAGUCGAAGUGAUCAUACCCAAGAGAGAAGACUUUGAUAUCGAUUUCUGUAACCGAGUACUUCCGAAUAUGAAUGCUAACUGCAAGGUCAUGUCCGACUACUUACCCGACAAUAUCAUGAAAACGAUAGGAGGAUUCCAGUUCAAAACCGUUGCAUUAUUGAUUUCUUCGUUUGAGAAUGUAUUAUAUCUAGAUGCUGAUAAUUUACCGAUCAAGAACGUUGAUUUAUUAUUUACAAACAAGCCAUAUACUGAUAAACAUUUAGUAUUAUGGCCUGAUUUAUGGAGAAGAUCUACGUCUCCUAGCUUCUACGAUAUUGCUCAACUUCCAACAGAUAAUAAGAAGAGGGUAAGAAAUAGUUAUUUCCCUGGCGACUCCAGAGGAACUUCUGGUCAGAUACUGUAUCACGAUUCUGAGGGUACCAUUCCCGAAGCAUCUAGUGAAACGGGUCAAAUAUUGAUAAACAAGAAGGUUCAUUUCAAGACUUUAGUUUUGUCGAUGUAUUAUAAUUUCUACGGGCCCGAUUUCUAUUAUCCAUUACUCAGUCAAGGUGCAGCUGGUGAGGGUGAUAAAGAAACUUUCAUUGCUGCAGCGCAUAAACUCAAAUUGCCAUACUACCAAGUUCAGGAAUUUAAUAGAGAAUUUGGCCCAAUUAAUCAUGACACCCUUAAGCACGAGUAUUUCGGCAUGGGUCAAUAUGACCCUAUAAUUGACUUCAUACAAUCUUCCAAGCAUGAGAAAUAUAUUAAUACAGUCGACCCCACAUAUGCCAAAAGUAACACUGAUGUUCAUAACAGCAAUUACGAGUAUCAUUUGUAUCAUUCUUCAAGCUUAUUAUUCCUUCAUGCAAAUUGGCCUAAGUACUAUGUCCGCGACAUGCUUUUAGGAAAUGCAAAUGGAAGGGGUCAAAAGAAUGAAAACGGGAUGAGAAGAAGAUUGUAUGACAAAAAUUUAAUACAAGAACUCAAUGGAUAUGACUUUGAAUUACAUAUUAUGGAAGAAUUAAAGUGGUGCUUCUGUAACUUGGUCAACAUUAAUUUGGUAGAUGUGCCCCAUGCCAAGGAUAGUGUACGUAGUGAUAUCUGUAAAGAAAUCCACCAGCAGAUUGAAUUUUUGCAAAAGAAUAAAUAG